AUGAACAAAAAAGAACGAAUAAAGGCUUUUUCAGAUGGAGAUUCGGAAGAAGAACAGAUCAACAAAAGCCGAUGCACAAAGAAAUCAUUUACAUCCAGUGAGGUUUUAUCAAUUAAGAGCGGAGAAAAGCCAUACCGAUUGUUUACAGUCCACAAUGGUAAAAAAGACUCAUCCGGAGAUGGUAGUACCAAUUUAUUACCUCAAAACUUGAAGCACGACAAGGAAUUCAUAUUGGACGCUAUUUCACAACAUGCCACUAACCUACAACAUGUAUCUCCAGAUCUCAAGAAGGAUCAUGAGUUUAUUUUGCAAGCAGUACAACGAAAUGGAUUUGCACUCGAAAAUUGUAAACAGAACAAACAAAUUGUAUAUGAAGUCAUCAAACAAUGUCAUCAUACAAUAGCUUAUUUAUCCAAUAAGUUGAGAAAUGACUUGGAAUUCUUACUUUCUGCUGUAAAACAAAAUGAACAAAUAUUAAUGUACUUGUCAGAUCAUUUAAAGAGCGAUAGAGAUUUUAUGUUAAAUGUAGUGAAAAGAAAUGAUAUCGCUCUCAAGUACGCCACUAUGGAUCUCAAGAAAGAUAAACAAGUUGUCAUUGAGGCAGUAUGCCAGAAUGCUUCUUCAUUUCAAUAUGUCUCACCAGAUCUGAAGUCUAAUAAGGAUUUCAUUUUAGAAUGCGUAUCAAUUAAUGUUUGUACGUUGGGAUAUGUGUCCUACAGCUUAAGAGUGAACAAAGAAUUUAUGUUACAUGUAAUUGAGAACUAUAAUGGUUAUGCAGCACAUUAUGCAAGUUAUUAG